AUGCGGAUGUAAGACAGGUAGUCAAGAGCUUGAAGAAAAACAAUCUCCAAAGGAACGGAAGGAAGAUGCUUUGCACGAGUUCAGCAAGGAGGAACGAAGGCCUCGCCACAAGAUAAAUCGCAACAAGCAGUGUCAAACUCCUCGCAUCCCCUUCAUUCUCACCUCCUUCACUAAACGCAUACGGCGCAUUAAUACCAUACAUCACCGACAAAACGAGGAUCCAAACCAGGAAAUUCCGCUGCAGUAUAUCAUCCGUAUAGAAAUUAACACAGUACACCCUAAGCCCAUCCCAGAUCCUCCAAAUGGGCAAGAACAGCAGUAUAAAUUCCAACACCGCGAUUCCGAUAUUCGACUGGGAGCCCGAGAACGCUACCUCGCUGAAUGUACUCGCAAUGUUGGCGAUGAUUCCUACCCAUACUAG